UUUUAUGUGCGGGAUGAAUACCGUGAACUCGAUGUAUUCGUGGAGGAGCAGAAACAAUCAGACGUCGCUAGGCGUGAUUUCCGGACACCAAUUUUGCUUAUUGGACAACCUGGAAUAGGCGCGUGGGUUCAUGCUGGAUUAUCAUUGCACAAUCACGCUCCUAAACGCAAAUCUGGCUACUUGAUGUAUUGUCUCGUAAAUCGGCUUGCAGAAGGAAAGCCCACUGUGCUUUCCAACUCGCAUUUCAUGUGUUUCACCUUUAUCAGCUCUGGUGUUUACAAGAUUCCU